AACGAGGACCUUCCUCCCACAAUUAUUUCUUCCCCAGCAGACAUGGCUGGUGUCCCGUUAAAGACUUGCUUCCUGGGGGCCCUUACUCUCGCCCUCCUCCACACAGGAGCAGCGGGGAUUCAGUGUGAGAACAUUGAUAUUGUCCACGAGUGGGAUACUGGAUACAAGGCGGACUUUAAGCAAAUUUCUCCAGUGGAUGUAGAUGAAGACAACGGCCUCACUAUGCAAUGGACUUUCAGUGCUCCUGUAGAUUCCAUCAACUAUUACGAGGGGAGAGUGAUCAAGAAUGACGACUACCACUUUACCCUACAAAGCCACGACGUCGAAGUGGAUAAGGGCGACAAGCUCUCGUUUGUUUUCAAAAUACACUACUCUCAAGUGAAGCCCGUUAUCAACAGUGAAACGAUCAACUGCGUGCCCAUCUGCGGAGCAGCGGUGACUCAUUGUGAAAACAUUAAUAUUGUCAAAGAGUGGGAUACUGGAUACCUGGCGGACUUUAAGCAAAUUUGUCCUGUGGAUGUGGAUGAAGACGACGGCCUCACCAUACAAUGGACUUUCAGUGCUCCUGUAGAUUCCAUCGACUAUUACCAGGGGAGAGUGAUCAAGAAUGACGACUACCACUUUACCCUACAAACCGACGACGACGACGAAGAGGACGAGGGCGAAAAGCUCUCGUUUUUUUUCACGAUCCACUACUCCCAUGAGAAGCCCAUUAUCAUCAGUGAAACGAUCAACGGCGUGCUUAUCUGUGACGGGACUGCACCUACAGUUCAGCCCGUGGUCACUACAACUGAGGCUGUGGUGACUACAACUGAGCCCGUGGUGACAACAACUCUUCCCAUGGUCACUACAACUGAGGCCGUGGCCACUACUGUGCCCGAGGUUACUACAACUGUGAGUGAGGUCACUACAACUGUGCCUGUGGUCACUACUACUGUGCACGUGGUCACUACCACUGUGCCGGUGGUCACUACAACUGUUCCCGUGAUCACCACAACUGAGCCCGUGUACACUACGGUGACACCCGAGGACAACCCCUGUGAAGCAACUGGUCUGAAGCCGUACGACUACAGUCAGGUACUAUGCAUGUCGUACUUGUUCUAUGAGGCCCAGCGGUCAGGUCCUCUACCUUCCGAUAUGCGCAUCAUCUGGCGCGGCGACUCUGGUCUUGACGAUGGCUCUGAUAACAAUGUAAACUUGACUGGCGGCUACUAUAUCGCUGGUGACCACGUGAAGUUCGGAUACCCGAUGGCCUUCGCCGCCACCGUGCUGGCGUGGGGCCUCAUAGACUUUGCCGACGGACAUGAGGCUGCUGGUCAGACGGAGUACGGUGAGGCAGCACUGAAGUGGGCCAUCGACUACUUCCUUAAGGCUUACGCUGACCAAAAUGAAAUUUACGGUCAGGUGGGCCUCAGCGACCUUGAUCAUGCCUACUGGGGACGACCUGAGGAGAUGACCAUGGAGAGACCUUCAUAUAAAAUUGAUGAAGCUCACCCAGGAACUGAGUUGGCCGCUGAGACAGCCGCUGCCCUCGCUGCAGCAUCCAUGGUCUUCUGGAAACACAAUCCGCCCUACGCCGCCAACCUUCUGGACGUGGCCAUGCAUCUCUAUCACCUCGCUGACUUACACCGUCUGGACUACGACAUUUCCAUCCCAGACGCACAAAACUCCUACCACUCCAGUAACGGCUUCGGGGACGAGCUUUGCUGGGCAGCGUUAUGGUUGGGUAGAGCCACAGGAGAUCCCAGCUAUAUCUCCAAGGCUCGAGACCACUGGGACGAGUUUAACUUCGUAAAGGAUGUAAAUAGCAAGUUUUCCUGGGACGACAAGAUACCUGGAAUCUUUUCACUCUUCUGGAUGUUGGACAACUCCAGUGAGUAUCCUGACGCCCUCAGAAACUACCUGGACGGGCUAAAGACCAGUGCAUCAUACACCCCGGAGGGUCUUGUUUUCUUGGGUGACCAGGGCUCCAACCGCUAUGCUGCCAACGCCGCCUUCAUCUCCCUCUUUGCCGCCAAGAAUGGUAUGGACACUGAAGCUAACCAGAAGUGGGCGAGGGAACAGAUCGGUCAACUGUUGGGAGACAACUCCCGUUACAGCAGGUCCUUCGUGGUGGGCUACGGCCAGAACCCCCCUAAGAGAGUCCAUCACCGUGCCAGUUCUUGCCCUAACCCUCCAGCGGACUGUUCAGGAGCUCUUGACAACCUUGGCCCCAAUCCCCACGUUCUUUUCGGAGCCCUCGCCGCUGGACCAGCUGAGAACGGUGACUACACAGACGACCGCAAGGAUAUAACUCACAAUGGUGUGUCCUGCACCUACAAUGCUGCCUUCACCGGGGCUCUCGCCGCUCUUGUCGAGAUUAGUUAAAUAUCCCGACGUGUCCCUGAACAUCAUCGUGAGAACUGCUUCACCCCGUUUAAAUUUUUAGUCAGUCUUCCCCUCUCUGAGUUUUUCCAAAUCAGGCUGACACAUUGGCUACAUUCUUGAUUGCUCAGUAAUGAAUGUAGCAGAAAGGCUAUGUUUUUCUCUUAUGUUUCACCUUUGUGUCCUCCACAUCCCACUUUACUCCAACAUUUUUGGGUCUGUCUUUGAAAGUCUAUAUGAUCACUGUAAAACAUAUUUGACCACGAACUAGGAUUGCAUUUAUUGUUGGAUUACAGAUAAGUAGGUAGUUGUUAAUUUGUGAACUGAUAGUAAUGUGAAUGACGCUGAUUGUCUGGUUUAUUUGUAACAACUCUUGGUUAUAUCUUCACGUAAUUAUUGAUUCACUAACAAUAUUUAAAUUCAUGGCGUCAAAUGGUAAUCUUCUUAAGACAACGACAGCGCAAUUUCUGUAAAUCAUCCGAAGACGAUGAUAGCAGCUGUAAUUGGUAAAUAUAUCUAUACUGGCAGAUGUCGAAAUUGUAAUAAACGAAUAUUUUACU